AUGGAGGUGCAGGACAGGAGCCGCUCCCCUUCCCGCAGGACCAGCAGGGUCGAGCAGGUGGUUGGACGAUGGCUGAGACGGUCCCGAGACCUAGGCAGCAGGUCUCACUCUCUGAGCAGAGACAGGGUGACAAUAGAUGGAAAGACAACCGAGUCCGGUGGCUCCGAUCAGAGGAAUUACCCCUUUCGCUUCAAUGUUCAGAUCCAGCGGGACCCAAACCUCAAUUCUCAUGGCCUCACUCUGUCCCCCCAGACUCCCCUCCUGGUGCAGGAUAUCACCCCAGGUGGUCCUGCAGAUGGCCGGCUCGUCCCUGGCGACCAGCUCGUGAAGAUCAAUAACGUUGCUGUCGAUGACCUGACCCCGGAGCAAGCUGCUGAGAUAAUCAGGGAGUGUCAAGACACUUUGACAAUGACUGUCCUCAGAACAAUGCUGGGCCCAAAGUCAUCAUUCAUAACACCAGAGAAGAGGGCCAAGCUCAAGUCCAACCCUGUGAAAGUUCACUUUGCUGAGGAGGUGGAAGUCAAUGGACACUCUCAGGGCAAUUCGCUGCUCUUCCUGCCUAAUGUCCUGAAGGUGUAUCUGGAGAACGGGCAGACCAAGGCCUUUAAAUUUGAGCCCAGCACCACAGUCAAGGACAUUGUGAUGACGCUGAAAGAAAAGCUGUCUCUGAGCCGUAUUGAGCAUUUCUCCCUGAUGCUGGAGCAGCGGCACAGUGCCACCAAACUGCUGCUCUUACAUGAAGAGGAGAGGAUACACCAGCUGGUGCAGAAGAAAGAGGCCCACGACUACAGAUGUCUGUUCCGUGUUUGUUUCAUGCCCAAAACCCUCCAGACUCUGCUGCAGGAUGACCCCACUGCCUUCGAGUACCUCUACCUGCAGGGGGUGAAUGAUGUGCUGCAGGAGCGUUUUGCAGUAGAGAUGAGGUGUAACACCGCCCUGCAACUCGCUGCGCUGCACAUCCAGGAGAGGCUAGCGAGCUGUGGACAGUCGCCAAAGACCAACCUGAAGAUAAUAACGAAAACGUGGGGCAUAGAGAACUUUGUGUCUUCCACAUUGUUGAGGAACAUGCGAGAGAAAGAUCUGAGGAAGGCCAUCGCCUACCACAUGAAGAAGAGCCAAUCACUGCACGAUCCCAAGCAGAAGGGCCUGACAGCCGAUCAGGCGCGGAUAAACUAUCUGGAGGAGCUGAGCGACCUCAAAUCAUUUGGAGGGAAAUCCUUCAGUGCCACCAUGAUGCUCCAGGACAGGGAGUCCAUGGUGACCCUGUUGGUGGGGGCGCGCUACGGGGUGAGUCAGGUGGUCAACCACAAACUGAGCAUCCUGUCCACCCUCACAGAGUUCACCAGCAUCACGCGCAUCGAGCUGCUGCCUGAAUCCGACAAGGUCAGCCUGGUCAAAAUAUACCUGCAGGACAUCAAGCCCAUCACGUUACUGCUGGAGUCGGUGGCAGCCAAGGAUAUGUCCUGCCUAAUAGCAGGGUACUGUAGAGUGUUUGUCGACCCCAACCUCAACAUCUUUCCCUGGAUAGACCUCUCCAAGAAACACAGAGUGUCUGCUGAGGAAGGUUACGUGUCACGGCGUGGCAGUGACUCAGACAACUCCUCAGACCUGGACAUGGAGCCGCUGGUCUCCCUAGUGUCUCACGAUGAUAAGCCCUGCCCACGUGUCAGAUCCGCAUCAGACCCAGAUGGAAGAAAACGGAAAGACAGGGACAAAAGGAGACACAAAGAUGGCAAAGAAAAAGGUGAUAAACCAUGGGCGGAUAAAAAACAGAAGGAAGAAAAGGAUGCUGACACAGAAAAGGGAAAGUCUCCACCAGAUAAGAAUAAAGACACGGAGCACAAAGAGGAGGCAGAGAGAGCGCAGGGUGGCGGACAGAUACAGAUCGAGAUAACAAACAACAACUCUGGGGAACAACAGGAAAAAGUGGGGACACAAAAAGAGGCACAAGAAGCUGAGGAGCAGCCUUCUGCGUCAGAAGCAUCCGAUUCUUGUCAUACUGACUCGCGGGUCCUCACGAGCCCCUCCUCCGACUCUCUCGACGCCCUGGAGGAAGAUGACUUGAUUACCUGUUCAUCUUCCUCCAUCCAUGCCAAUGCCCACAUGCACUCUUCCCUCCAGCUUCACCCUUACUCCCAUGGGCACGCUCAGACCCACCUCCUCGCUCCCCCACCUGCUCAUUCCCAUCCCCUUAUCCACCCCUCAACUCACGACAGAGGAGAAGGGGGCUGCAGGAGGUCAGGCGACGGAGCCGACCCCCAACUCCUCACAUCCGCCUCCACGUCGGCAGACACGCUCCUCAAAAGAUGUUCGGGAACCCCCUGCUCUGAUGACUCCUCCCUGUGUUUCGCCGAGCUCUCUCGACUCGUGGAAUACCUGCCGAGCCCCCCGGAGGCCAGCGACGACGAUGAAGAUGAAGAAGAAGAACUGAGGAGAAGGAGGAGGAGGGUGUGGAAAGAGAUGGAUGAGUCGGUGAGAAGAGCAGGAGAAGGAGGGAGCAUAGGCGGGGAGGGUAUUUUUAAAGAAAAUCCACUUUCCCCUCCCUCAUCCUCCUCCCGCACGGAGUUUGUGUUUAACUUUGACCAAAGCGACGCAAGCUGCUACUACAAACUGUGCUCCAACAUCACCCCCGACAGCGCUCGCAGCCUCCCCCACCUGCUGAAUCAUGAUGAGGAAGGAGAGGGAGAGAAGGUGGAGGGAGAUCAGGUAGAACUGGAGCCAAUCCCCAUCCUCCAGCCACCGCCUGGCUUUGGAGACAGCAGUUCUGACGAGGAGUUCUUUGACGCCAGAGAUGGUUUCACCUCACCUGAAGACCCGACCUCAGGGGCUGUGCCAAGAGGUGAUUCAUAUUGACACAAUGCACUAAAGGGUAAUAUGAAUGAUGGGAAACCAGAACAGAACAGAAAAGGAGGCGAGGAAGGAGGAGGCAGAGAAACGUUGUACCAGCUCAGAAAGAGAUCCCGUAAACGACGUUCCUUCAUGGAAACUGAUUACACUUCUAGGGUGUCAUAUCCAAAACAAGAUCCACAAUCUCAGCAUGCUUCAGAGCAAACCCGGAAUCCCAGUCCCACCGUCUCCUGCCUCACUCACUCUGAAGGGGAACCAGCCCUGCUCGAGUCAAAACCUAUUUUGUCCAAACCCCUCCCCCACAAACCAGACUCUCCUUCUAGAUUUGGGUCUAACGGGCAGGCGAGAGACCCACAGGCCUUCUCCAGGACUAGGAAGCAAGAAAUGGAGAUGGAACCUGACGCAAUGGAAUCCAAAUCAGUCACAGACCACUUGAAGACAGCGUCGCCUACCAUCACUGUUGUCCGGUGCAGAGUGGAUCCAGAUGGGAAGGAGAGUGCUGAUCGGAGGGGUGACGGAAAGGAGGAAGGGGAGGGACAGGAGGAGAUGGAUGAAGGGAAAUCAGAGAGUGAAGAAGAGGAGCCAACAGGUGUGCCAGGGAAUGGGCCGUUCAAUACUCAUAUAUUUUUGCCUGAGGUCACUAAAGUGGAGGGUAAGGGGGAAGAUGCAGGAGAAGAGGGUAAAGGGGGAGUGACAGAGUACUCGUCCAGUUCAAAAAGACCUCUCAUUGGUGCUGAAAAGCAGCCAGAGGCCAACCCACCGCCUGAAUGUUUGACAGAUGUGAAUAAAAAUGAUAGUAACAUCCUUCUGGAGGCCGCUCUGAUUGCCCCAAAGCAAAACUUACAUGCAGGGGAAUACAUGCUUGAUAAUGAGAGUGUUCAUUCAAAUCGUCCGUCAUACUCACCACCACCCCCUCCACCCUCAUCCCCUCUACCCCCAACACCAGUUCUUCACAAAUCCCAAAGUGACUGUUUCAUAGGGGAAGAAGAAGACGGCAAAACCACCAGAAGCUCAACUGAAAUGUCUUUAUCUAAUUCCGAAGAGAUGCCACUUAGUGAACAAAAUCACACCAACAAAGCACAAUUACACUUAGAAAUCCCAACCAGUAUUAUUGAAUAUGAAGCCUUCAGUAUUGAUUCUACCAUGAUUGCUAGCGACGAAGUAUCCAACAGCACCAAUUCAGAUAAUGUUUUUGAUGAUGACGAAAUGACCAAUUCCCUAAAUUCUAGUUCAAGUGACACGAAAGCUGUUGACAGAGAUGAUUGGACAGUAGCCACAAGGCCUAGCAGCAGUGCUAAAUCAACUACAGAAGGUAAAGAUGAGUCUGAAAUGAGUGAAGCUCAUACAAGAAUUUAUCCCAUGAAUUCUGAAUAUACUCGAGCUAUAAACUCCAUCACAGCAAAGCUUGGAGCUGCUACAAGUGUCACGUCUCCCACAUAUAAUUCAGGUGCUACAUUGAAAAGUGAGGUGACACAAGAAAUUGAUUCAUGCUCGGAUCAAAAUGUGGAUAAACCCAGAAGUGAAUCCACCACGUCAUGUGCUGAAGCUAAAGGUAGUUUGGCUACUCCCAGUUCAGCAAAAGCUAGCGCAACCACAAUCCAUGAUGUCUCCAAAGAGCCUCCUUCUCCAACUCACUUCCUUUACCAGUCUUGUUCCCCCAGCUUCAUGGGCAGUUUAUCUGCCUCCACGCUUAGGGGGAAGAUUCAAAUGUUGCCCCUUUAUUUAUCGCGAUCCCAAGAAACCCUCAACCAAGCUGGGGUAGGAAAUGUCGCUGAGAGUCCUACUGAGGACAAAAGUAGGGGGAACAAUGAGAUCACCAUCCAAGUAACAGACGUUCACGAUGUCACACAAACGAUAGAUUUUGAAAUGGACCCAAUUGAAGAAUCAGUGGAGUCAGACGAUUCAGAUACAACAGUCACAGGAGUAGAAGUGGAGGGGGCAUUUUUUGUGGACACAACCUCAGCUAAGAGUUCUCAUUCGGUAUCAGAAGUGAAGGAAGCAGCAGAGAUGGUGGCGGUGGUGUUGGACAAUGACAGCUCAUUGUUGCCCGUCCAGACUGAACCCAAACUACAACAUAGAAAUCAAGAUUUCUACAACGAACAUAACAAGACCACUCCAGGACCAAUAACAGAGCCUCCAACCUCUUUACUGAGCAGCCUCCAAAGAGAUUCUACAGGCCUAAUGUUGGACACUCCCGGCCCCAUAACAGAUUCCCCGGCAUCACAGAUGAAAGUCACAAGUCCAAGUGAAGACAUUCCAGUUUAUAAAAUUAGCACUCCUUCACCCUCCAUCCCUCCUCCGAUAGUGGUGACCACACAGAAUCUAAAUGGGCCAGGAUUCCCUUUUCAUAGUCAGACGCACAAAGUAAGAAGGACCAGUGUUGACAGGCCUUUAAUGGGUCUUUGUAGACCGACAGAGCAGAACUCAGACUCGCCAAAAACAUUUUCCUCAGGCUGCAAGGUGUUUACCAUCUGCGAGGACCCAUCCCAGACAAAGACACCAGCUGAGAUGGGGCCUGUUCUACCCUUGAAGCCUGACUUUGGAUGCAGUUCCGUGCUAGCAUCUGGAUGUGAGUCAGUUGUGGAGGGCGUGCAGGUGCCACUGGACGCUUGCGGUUGCCCGACAGUCUACACCAACUGCUUCAGUGGGGGGGACAGCUUUGAUGAGGAGCUGACAGUCUACGAGUAUUCCUGCCGCACACAGAGCAGCGGUGUGACUCAGACUUCUGGAGCAGGUCUUCCUCUCAUGACCUCCCCUCCUGUUCCCUCCUUCCUCUCCACCUCCUCCACACACUCUCCCUCCUUUCCACGCUCCAUCCUUUUCUCCUCCUCUACCUCUGAGCUGAGUCCUCUCCUCUCACCAUUGUCUGAGGCCUCUGACUGUUUCAUGUCUCAAACGCACAAGGACACUAUCAGUCGGCUAGGCCAGCAGCGCUACCCACAACCUCCCACAGGUUUCCAAGUGCUCCGUGUCGACGUGGACCAGCUGCUCUCCAUCCUGGAGAGUAGCAAUGCUGACCGAUCUGUGGGAGGUCACGGAGGUCGCCACCCAAGGGACACCUGCCCCGCCCACUUUACAGAGAACAAACGAGUGCUCCAACUGGAGGCUCGGCGGCUGAUGUCAGGCUGCCAGAAAGUGGUGGGGAUUGGACAGAGCCCAGAGGAAAUGCUUCACUCCCUGGCUGACAGUUUCCGGACCCUGGUGGAGUUGGCCGGCAUAUGCCUCUGGUUCUCCGGUUGCGACAGGUGUGACCGGAGGAAUGCCGAGGCAGUUGCGGGUCUGGCAGAUGUGGCUCGGUCAUUCAGGGACUUCUGCCUGGCAGCAGAGCGUGCCAGCAGCAAGCGCAGCUGCCAGGACCUGAGCACCAAACUGCUAGCCAAACAGUGCACCGCGCUCACCGCCUCCGUCUUCUGCCUCACUCAGCUGUUCCGCACACUCACCGCACUAUGA